AUGCUCAAUGUUGCCUUGUUGUCUUUGCCUGCUCACCGUCUGCAUUUCAGCAAUGAGCUAGCUCAACGGCUAGACAACCUUCCUAUCGCUGCCGCCGCCGAUGCCGCCACUGCCGAGAAUGCCUCCGUGGAGAACUGCUGGUGUCAAAUGCGAGACACGGUCCAGUCGACGGUGCUAGCCGUCCUCGGUCGCGCACUCCGCCAACACCAGGACUGGUUCGACAACAACGACGCCGCCAUCAGAAAUCUGCUUGUUGAGAAGAACCGCCUACACAAAGCCUACGUAGACCACCCCACUGACGACAACAAAGCUGCCUUUUACCGCAGUCGCCGCCACCUUCAGCAACUACUGCGCGAGAUGCAGGACGCCUGGACUGUUCGCAAAGCUGAGGAGAUCCAAGGCUACACGGACCGCAACAAAUGGAAGAACGUCUUCUCCGCGAUCAAAGCUGUCUACGGUCCGCCGACGAAGGGCACUGCUCCUCUCCUCAGCGCUGACGGUAGUACCCUCCUGACCGCGAAGGCGCAAAUUCUACAGCGAUGGGCCGAGCAUUUUCGAGGCAUCCUCAACCGUCCCUCCACCAUCUCUGACGCCGCCAUCGCCCGUUUUCCGCAAGUGGAGACCAACGUGGACCUCGACCUCCCGCCAUCUCUCCAGGAAACCAUCAGGACCGUUCAGCAGCUCUUCAGCGGGAAAGCACCCGGAUCGGACGCAACCCCUGCUGAGGUCUACAAGCACGGGUGUCCCCAACUAAUGGAUCACCUGACUGCGCUCUUCCAGGAGAUGUGGCGUCAAGGUGAAAUCCCGCAAGAUUUCAAAGACGCAACCAUCGUGCACCUCUACAAGCGAAAAGGGAAUCGCCAUGUCUGCGACAAUCACCGUGGCAUCUCCUUGCUGAACAUCGCCGGGAAGAUCUUCGCUCGCAUCCUGCUCAACCGCCUCAAUAAGCAUCUCGAACAGGGCCUUCUGCCAGAAAGCCAGUGCGGCUUCCGUCGACAUCACGGGACCAUGGAUAUGAUCUUCGCCGCCCGUCAACUUCAGGAGAAGGGCCAGGAGAUGCGGACCCACCUGUACUCUACCUUCGUGGACCUGACGAAAGCCUUCGACACGGUGAAUCGUGAAGGACUGUGGAAGAUCAUGCAGAAAUUCGGCUGUCCGGAGCGAUUCAUUCAGAUGGUGCGUCAGCUGCACGACGGUAUGAUGGCGCGAGUCACGGACAACGGAGCUGUCUCAGAGGCAUUCGCAGUGACCAACGGAGUGAAGCAGAGAUGCGUGCUGGCGCCUACCCUCUUCAGUCUCAUGUGCUCUGCCAUGCUGAUGGACGCCUACCGCGAAGAACGUCCCGGGAUCCGCAUCGCCUACAGGACGGACGGUCACCUGCUGAAUCAACGGCGGAUGCACUUCCAAUCGCGCGUCUCCACAACCACCGUUCACGAACUUCUGUUCGCCGACGACUGCGCCCCGAACACUACCUCGGAAGAGGAGAUGCAACGGAGCAUGGACCUCUUCUCUGCCGCCUGCGAGAAUUUCGGUGUGGUCAUCAACACGCAGAAGACGGUGGUCAUGCAUCAACCGCCACCCAACACAGCAACUUCUCCCAACGCGCCGCAAAUCAGCGUGAACGGAACCCAACUGCAAGUGGUGGAGAACUUCCAGUACCUGGGAAGCACCCUCUCCCUUAACACCAAAAUCGAUGACGAAGUCGCUCGCAGGAACUCGAAUGCCACUCAAGCCCUCGGCUGCCACCAAAGCACAGUUUGGAAGCGUCACGGCCUCCAACUGAGCACGAAGCUGAAAAUGUACAAGGCCGUCAUCCUGCCGACGCUGCUGUACGGAGCAGAGACUUGGACAGUGUACACAAAGCAGGCACGUCGUCUGAACCACUUCCACCUCAGUUGUCUCCGUCGCAUCCUGAGGCUGAACUGGCAGGAUCGAAUCCCCGACACUGAUGUGCUGGAAUGGACGGGAAUCCUCAGCAUCUACGCCAUACUGAGGCAAAUGCAGCUGCGCUGGAGCGGCCACCUGGUGCGCAUGGACGACGAGCAACUACCCAAACGACUCUUCUACGGAGACGUCGCGACGGGCUCUCACCGCCAAGGAGGCCAAAUUCGUCGAUACAAGGAUACUCUGAAGUCCUCCCUGAAGCGUCUGCAAAUUAACCCGACCAACUCGGAAGAGCUCGCCCUCGACCGACCGACCUGGAGGAGGAAAGUGAAGACAGGCGCUGCGAUCUAUGAGGCCAACCGAAUCGCCGCUGCCAAAGUGAAACGCGAAGCACGCACAUCACAGCUACGCCCCGUCCGCAACGCCGCCACACAACCGCUUCCAACGUGUCCUCGAUGUCAACGGACAUUCCGGGCUCGAAUCGGACUUGUUGGACAUCUUCGGAUUAACUGCGCCUCCCAUAGCGCACCAACCGCCGUCCCUCGGCCCGCCUCUUCCUUGUCCUCUCCACCGCCAACUAGCUCUGACAAUUCUUGUGAACCACCACUUCCAUCAUCAUCAUCAUCAUCAUCAUCAUCAUCAUCAUCAUCAUCAUCAUCAUCAUCAUCAUCAUCAUCAUCAUCAUCAUCAUCAUCAUCAUCAUCAUCAUCAUCCCCCUCCUCCAGCCCCACUGCACCAACCGUGGUCGCUCUGAUGACCGUCACUCACACCAGCAUCACACACAUUCAUAACACUACAACAGACACCAUCCCUCCAACCUUCGACUCCAGGGGUGAGGACCAGGACUACACCUGCCCUCACUGCGACCGCACCUUCACCUCACACAUCGGCCUGGUCGGUCACUUGCGAAUCCAUCGCACAGAGACUGGCGAACCAGUGCCAGGAGCACCAGCCUGCACCCGCCGCACUCGCCUCCGCUGCUCACACUGCCCUCGCACCUUCACGCAUCGCAUGGGCCUAUUCGGCCACAGGCGCAUCCACGAGAGCGGAAUUGACCGCCCUCCCGACUCACCCACCACGCCAAACCCCAUCCCCACUUCAUCACCCUUUGCGCCCAUCACCGUUAUCGCAACUGACACCGACACCACCGACCUCACCUGUCCACACUGUCCACACACAUUCACCUCUCGCAUCGGCCUGGUUGGUCACUUGCGAAUCCAUCGCACGGAGACUGGCGAACCAAUGCCUGGAGCACCAACCUGUGUCCACCAAGCUCGCCUCCACUGCCCUCGCACUUUCACGCGUCACAUGGGCCUAUUCGGCCACAUGCGCAUCCACGACGACCUGCGGUAG